AUGAGUAAAGAAAAAGGGGAACUAAGGUGGUUCCUGAGCGGCCUGUCCAAGAUCCCUGGGCGGUUCCCCAAGCAACUAGUGGCGGGAAAUGCUGCUCUGGACCUGACCAAGUGUGCUUCCAUCCAAGGAAAAACCAUGUUCACCGAGCCCACAAAUGCUGGCUUUCUCCUUAGCCACAAUGUCAGUAGGCACUGGGCCAGCAUCUCAGUGGUUGCAAACGGGAUCCCCACCCCCCAGACCACUGUGAGGGAGAAGGCUUUGUGUGUCCCAGGAAACCCAAACACCAGUAUUGGAAAUCAGGGCCAGAUUGAGAUGUCCAUCGAUGAAGUGUGUCGAGAGAUGGUGUUACAUUGCUGCAAGUCAUUUCUGCAGCAGGCCGGAUUAAAUCUGCUAAUAAGCAUGACGGUUAUUAAUAACAUGCUUGCCAAGUCGGUUUCAGACCUGAAGUUUCCUUUGAUAUCCGAGGGCAGUGGAUGUGCAAAGGAUCAGGGUUUGGAAGCACUGCUGGGUUUGUCUGAAAAGCCAGUGUUGGCCGGGGAAGUGCUGGCUGCCCAAAUACUGUUCUCCUUCAUGCUCCCCUUUAUGAGAGGUGGGAACAGAGAGAUGCUCGUGGAGGCCUUCAGAGAGAUGCUCGUGGAAGCCCUCUCCCCAUAAGCGGCUGUCUCCAACAGAAGGAGACUGAAUCCACCCAGGGCCCCAGCAGUUUACUGAGGACAGAGAAACUGCAGUGGGUGCAAGCAAAGAUGAAGCCUUAGCCAGUCAGCUCCUCCUUGGGCAAAAGUUCCAAUAGCUAAAAGAAGGGCGACACUCUUCUUGGCCAGGCAGAGGCUCCCCGGAACUGUGGGCAACUUGUAAGUUUUGUAGUCUGCAGGAAAGGUGCAUUGUAAAUUGCUCCCUUGCAGUCUUCCUCCUGCAGUAAAAGGUAAAGGGAUCACGGUUGGCUGUGAGCUGCAGAUAACAGACAUCAGAUCACAGCAACACCAGAGCUGUUGUUGCCUGUGGUGAUCUCCCUGUCUAGGCGGGACCACUUAGCAGAAAUGACACCCACAUGGAAGCUCGGGUCGAACUUGCAUCUGCGGCCGCUGCUAAGGUUGAAGUAUUUCCCCGUUCCUCUUUCCUGUACUAGCUGAUGGAUGGCUAGCAUGUUAAUCAAAGAAAUGCACCCCGUCCUGUCCAUUGUACCGACUGACCCUCUUCCACCCAAGCCCCCACCUGUGUGUAUCAUCAAUAAACUCGUGUGUUUUGAUUGGCAAGAAA